AUUAAAAAGUGGUAGAUCGAUACGUUAGUCUCCCUGUUGAUAGUAUUGCUGCACUGUGCAUCUUAGAAGCCAGUGCUUCUUUUCCGUUUAACUCUCUACCAGGAGGCUACUACAACAUCUCGGGCACGAUGUUCUGUCUGACAGCCCCGCGAUGGACUCUCGUGCAGAUCUCACUGGCGUAGUAACGUCCUUUUGAGGCAUCCAGCCAUAACUCAGGGUGAAAGAGCGCCCAGCUGGAAGCUGCUCGGCAGGAAUUCUCGGAUCGUUCAGGUAGACUCUCGUGAAGCACCGAUGCAGAUCGAGGCGAGGGGGACUGGUGGGCAAGGAAUGGGGAAUCCCAACAUGGGCAUGGGGAGCUAUGCCGACUUUGAGACUGCCAUGUACCGCAUGCAGCCACUGCCACUGCUGGACAACCACGGCCCCAACAGGCACAGCGACAACGGCAGCGGCCAGCCAGACCUGGAUGACGAGCAGCUCUUCCACAUCUUCAUGGAUCUGGACAUGCCAGGGGUAGACAUGCCUCACUCUGCCGGGGGGGCCAUGACUAAUUCUUCAGAUGCACUGCCGGCGGCGGGGGCCGGCCAGGGGCGGCCGGGGACGGCGAGUUAUGAGGGUUUCGAGAGCGAGGGUGAGGAGGAGGGUGACGAUGAAAAGUGCAGCGAGCGCGGCGGCCGGGGCCGCAGCGGCGGCCGCAGCACUCGCGCACGCAGGCGAGCCGGGAAGACAAAGGAUGAGGCGGAUUUGUCAUCCGAUGACGAUGGGGACGAGGGCGGCCGCGGCGGCAGCAGCGGCAGCAACAAGCGAGUCAUGGCAAACCGGCAGAGCGCGCAGCGCAGCCGCAUGCGCAAGCUGCAGUUCAUCUCCGACCUGGAGGCAAACGUGCAGAGCCUGGAGAACGAUAUCAAGAGCAUGAACCCCAUGCACAGCGCCCUGCGCCAGAAGCAUGCAGAUCUGGUGAGCCAGCAUGAUGAGAUGCGCAAGCACGCUGUGACGCUGGUGCACAAGUGCCGCCAGGCCGAGACUGUGAAUGCUGCGCUGGAACGCGAGUGCUCCCACAUGCGCUCCCUCCGCCCCGAGCUGGCCGGCCGGGGCUACGGAAUGAGCAGGUAUGGGUACGGAGAGGGCAGCAGCAGCGGCCGCUACAACGGGCUGCAGAGCGCAGGCAGCGCACCAACUAGGCCCUUUGAUCGCUAUGGCAGCAGCGGAGGCAUGCAGGGAGGAGCUCUUGCUGCGGAGGCAUCGGCUGAGCCCUGCGCGUAUGUGUCAUCCGCUGGAGUGCUACAGGUGAGCACAGCGCCCAUGUCAGGAAGCCAGCCUACGAAGCAGCAUGGUUCUGCGCAGCACCGGCCUACCUCUGCCCCCCUCCAGCAGAUGGGAUACGGACAGCUCUAUGAGGGCGGAAACACCUAUUCUCCAAUGUACAUGCAUGGUCCGGAGUCUGUGCCCUACUGA